CAGACGGUGCCACUUUUUCUGGAAACUGCCUUGUCGUGUUGCCAUCACUAACUAAACCUCCGCCCAAUGUUCACCGAUACUUCUUACGCUGAUCUCCAUCAAACUAACGAUAAUCGACAUUGAGAGCAAUUGGCGGCCUUGCUAGGCGAAGUGGGACAAAGUCGCAACGGCUUGAAUGUUGAGGUUGUCGAGACUUACGACUCUUUGGUGCCUGACUCAUUGACGCUCUGAACCUCCAAAAUCCUUUUGCGCCGCUACUAGUAGUUGGCUUACCACAAAACUUGCUCUUCCUAUCAAACGCACUACCGUCAGGAAACUCUGAGCAUCAACAAUGACGGCCGCCGAGGAAGAAGCAACCGAGCAUGCAGCCGACGAGACUACAGCACUACUCGCCGCACCUGGCAAGCCUGUACCUGGCGACAUUGAGGACAGCGAAAAUGGCACUACCAAGAACGACAAUGAGGACGACAAGCCUCUUCCAAAAGACCAGAUUUUCUUCUUAUGCUUCGCGCGCCUUAUCGAACCCAUUGCAUUCUUCUGCAUCUUUCCCUUUAUCAAUCAGAUGAUCUGGGAAACUGGCGAAGUAGCAGAGACCGACGUCGGUUUCUACAGCGGCCUCAUAGAAUCCCUCUUCUCCUUAACCCAGAUGCUUCUCAUGAUCCCCUGGGGUCGAGCGGCGGACUAUUGGGGCCGCAAACCUGUCCUAGUCUCCUCCCUGGGCGGCAUCGCGAUAGCAACAGCCAUCUUCGGCCUCAGCAAGACAAUAUGGCAGAUGAUUCUAUUUCGAUGCUUCGCCGGCAUCUUUGGCGGGACUAUCGUUACAAUCCGCACCAUGAUCAGCGAAAACAGCACCGACAAAACCCAAGCUCGCGCCUUCAGCUUCUUCGCCUUCACAGGUAAUUUGGGCAUCCUCUUGGGGCCGAUCAUAGGGGGCGCCCUCUCAAGGCCGGCGACAGAAUACCCCAGGCUCUUCGGCAGGUUCAAGUUCUUCCACGACUACCCCUACGCCCUCGCGACCUUUGCAUCAGGCGCCAUUGGCGCCAUCGCAACCAUAACCAGCGCAACAUGCAUCAAAGAGACUCUCGUCCUCAAACCCGAGUCCUCCGAAGCAGACAAGAAACCACCCAUGUCGACCCUCGACCUCCUCCGCGCCCCCGGCGUCCCAAUAACACUAUACAUCUACGCGCACGUAAUGACCCUUGCCUUCUCCUACACGGCCAUCUGCCCCGUCUUCCUCUUCACGCCAGUCCACCUAGGCGGCUUCGGCCUCACACCACUCCAAAUCUCCAUGUUCAUGGCCAUCACAGGGCUAAGUCAGGCACUAUGGCUCCUCCUGGCUUUCCCCUGGCUGCAAGCGCGCAUGGGCACCGCGGGCGUCAUGCGUCUAUGCGCAACGGCCUAUCCAUUCUUCUUCGUCAUCUUGCCAUGCUGCAAUCUCCUUCUCCGCAGGGGCCUGACCGCCGUCUUCCUCGCCGUCGUCAUACCCAGUAUGAUUCUGGGAAGCGGUGUGGCAAUGUCAUUUACAGCCAUUCAGCUCGUGCUGAACGAUGUGAGUCCCAGCCCAGCCGUGCUUGGGACGCUCAACGCCGUCGCCCUGACGCUGAUCAGUGGGAUGCGGGCAUUUUCGCCGGCGCUGUUCGCGAGUCUCUUUGCCGCCAGCGUGCGGAGUGGCGUCCUGGGAGGACAUUUGAUUUGGAUAUUGAUGGUUGCGCUGGCUUUGGGGUUCACGAUCGUGAGUCGGUGGACCCCGGAGAAGGAAAAGAUGCCGAAAAACACAACGGACAGCGACGAAUAAAAGUGUGCAUAUGUGUUGCCAAUUUUCAGUCUGUAACGGAAAAGUGGGAAGCGGUUUGUAGACCGACAUGCAUCAUCUAGACAGGAAGAGGCGAACUUCAAACCUUGGGUAUAGAGCAUUUGGGCGCUCUCAGGGAGUACGACAUUGUGAAUUACAGUAUAUUGACAAAAGACAAAGA